AUGUUGAAAACAAAUCAAUAUCAAGUACCCUUCUUGUAUCAAAAUAAUCAAAAUUCAAAUUCAUCAAGUUCAUCAAGUUCAAAUUCUCAAAUCCCUAAAACUUUCCAUGAUAAUACCAAAAUCCAUCCAAACCUGUACAUAAACACUGAACAUCAUCCUUCUUUACAUCGUGCUGAUAGUUUUAACCCUCAAAUUAUUAAACAUCGUCAUUCUUUCUCUUCAAUAAGUCAUAAUAGUACAAUUAAAGAAUCAAUAAAUGAUGAUCAAGAUGAAAAUGAAAGUUAUGAUGAAGAAGAUGAAGAUGAUGAAGAAGUUGAUUUGAAAAAUGAAGAAGAUGAAAAUGAUUAUUGUUAUGGUGGUUAUCAUCCUGUUGAAAUUCAUGAAGUUUUAAAUCAAAAUUAUCAAAUUUUAAGAAAAUUAGGUUGGGGUCAUUUUAGUACUGUUUGGUUAGCUUACGAUAAAAGACAUGAUAAUCAUGUUGCUAUCAAGAUUGUUAGAUCUCAAUCUCAUUAUACUCAAGCUGCUUUAGAUGAAAUUAAAAUUUUAGAUAUCAUUAAUAAAAAAAAUCCAAAUCAUCCUGGUUAUGAUCAUUUAAUUAAAUUACAUGAUUGGUUUUAUCAUAAUGGUCCAAAUGGGAAACAUGUUUGUAUGGUUUUUGAAGUUUUGGGUGAAAAUAUGUUGGGUUUGAUUAACAAAUUCAAUUCUGAAUCAAACUCAAAUCCAUCUUCUUCUUCAUCAAAUGGUGAAUUAUCAAUUAAAUUAUCAAAUUUAGAGAAAACUUAUGGUGGAUUACCAAUCUCAAUAACAAAACAAAUUUCAAAACAAUUAUUAUUAGCAUUAGAUUAUUUACAUAGAGAAUGUGGUUUAAUUCAUACAGAUAUUAAACCAGAAAAUAUUCUAUUAGAAAUUAAAAAUGUUGAAGAAUUUGUUAAAUUAAUGAAAUUUAAUAAAAAAUCUAAUCAACAUGAAAAUUCUGGUUCUCAAAACCCCAAAUCAAAAUUACAUUCAAGAUCUUCAAGUUUCCAAUCUCCUAUAAAAUGUUCAAAACCAUUACCAUCUCCAUUAACUUCAUCAUCAAGUUUUGAUUUCCAAGAUUAUUUUUCUCAAGCUUUAAAGAAGAAUAAUCAAAAUAAACAAAACAAAUCAUUAUCAAAAUCAAAUAGUUAUCAAAAUCAAUCUAAUCAUCAUCAUCAAUUAUCUUCAACUUCAAGUGCUGGUUCAAUAAAAUGUUAUGAUGAUGAACAUACCCCUGAUUCUCCAGUUUUUUCAAAUCAUCAAAAUCAAUCAACUUCCCCUGCAACUUCAUCAAAUUUAACUUCUUAUGUUGUUUGUGCUUCUGAAGCAAAUUCUGAUGAUGAAGAUGAUGAAGAAACUAAUGAUGAGAAUGUAAUUGAAUCUCCAUUAAAUUAUACUUAUGAAGAUCAAGAAUUAAAUUCAAGAUUUUCAUCAAUAUCAAUUGAUGAUUCAAAUUUCUUAAAUCAAGAUUUUAAUUUAAAUGAACAUGAAGAAACAAAUGAUUUAUCAUCGAUUAUUAAUGUCAAAUUAGCUGAUCUUGGUAAUGCAUGUUUUAAUAAUUUACAUUUUACAAAUGAUAUUCAAACUCGUCAAUAUCGUGCACCAGAAAUUUUAUUAGGUCAUAAAUGGGGUUGUUCAACAGAUAUUUGGUCUUGUGCAUGUUUAAUUUUUGAAUUAAUUACAGGAGAUUAUUUAUUUGACCCUAAGAAUGGUAAAAAUUAUACCAAAGAUGAUGAUCAUAUUGCACAAAUCUUGGAAUUAAUUGAUGAUCAAGAUGUUUCUUAUCAAUUUAUGUAUGAUUGUAAAUAUGCACCAGAUUAUUUCCAUUCUGAUUAUAAAACUUUAAGAAGAAUUAAAAAUUUAAAAUAUUGGGAUUUACAAAAUGUUUUAAAACAAAAAUAUAAAAUGGAUCCAAAAAUUGCAAAAGAAAUUGAUGAAUUUUUAACUCCAAUGCUUAAAAUUGAUCCAAAAUAUAGAGUUGAUGCUGGUGGUUGGUCAAAUCAUGAUUGGUUAAAUGAUGUGAAAAAUUGUGGGUUUAUUAAUAGACCUUGUGGUUGUUGUGGUGAAGAUAUUAAAGGUUGGUCAACAAGAUGUAGAGAUCAAUAA